GACGGUGCUCGCUUGCUCGGACUCACGGAACUGCGUCAACAACCCUCGAACUGGACGCUUUUUCGUUCCCAUCGUCCAGACUCGCCAACGGCCCUGAUACUGAGGUAUAGCUCAAGAGCCGUCUGUCUGCACUAACCGCCAGUCUAUCAUAAUGUGGUCGAAACACCCUGGCCUCUCGUGAAAAGCGACUUCCUGCACACCCAAACCCCGCAGCCAUGUAUCGACCUCCUCAAAUAGCCCUCUUGGGGGUCAAACGAAGCCUGCGCGCUUUCCGGACCUCUAGAUCCUAUGUCUCAACUUCGGAACCUGUUCUUCGAACAGCCCUCUUCUUUCCCGGUCAUGGCGUCCAACGAAAGGGCAUGACGAGACCGUGGAUCGAAGCUUUUCCCCGAACGUGCAAACCGUUCUUAGAAGAGAUGGAUGACAUAGUGCAUUGCAAGCUGUCCACUCUCAUCGACGAAGGCCCCAUCCUGCAGCUGGACAAGACGGAAAAUGCCCAACCUGCAAUAAUGGCCGUAUCCAUCAUGAUCUUGAAGGUUCUCGAGCAGGAGUUUGGCUUCAAGACGGAGCAAGCGAUCGACGUCACGUUGGGACACAGCCUGGGGGAAUAUGCAGCACUGGUCGCUGCCGGGAACCUGGAGUAUGCAUAUGCUCUCGAUCUGGUCCGGAGACGCGGCGACGUCAUGGGAGAAUGCACAAGAAAGGCAAAAGAGGAAUCAGGCGAGGAAUUCGGCAUGAUUGCCCUGGUCUGUGAGCCGGGCCAACUGGACCCGCUGAUUGCGGCCGUCAGAGAAUUCCUGAGCCAGGGCUCCGAAGGCGCAAAGGACGACUCUAGUGCUCUACCGGCAUUCCAACAGAUCUCCAUUGCCAACGUCAACUCGAAGAACCAAAUCGUGCUCAGCGGCAGCUUCCAGCGGAUACGGAAUCUGCUGGUCCACAUCCGAGAAUUUGGCGGACAUGACCCCCGAGCUGUCGAGUUGAAGUCGCGCUCAGCCUUCCACAGUCCGAUCAUGAUGCCGGCUUUUGAAUUCAUGAAAAAGGCCCUCACCCCGGAUAAGGUGACAUUUCCCGGCCGGGUCCCUUGCAUCAGCAAUGUCACCGCUAGGCCGUUCAGGUCGAAAGACGACCUCAUGCAAAAUCUUGCCAGGCAAGCUGUCGACACGAUCCUCUGGUGGGAUUCGAUCAAGUAUCUGGAUCAGCAGGCUGGUUGCCGCCGGUGGCUCGGUGUAGGCCCUGGCAAGGUCGGACGGAAUCUUGUAUCAAAAGAGGUUGGCCGUUCGUCGGCGAAAGGGGGAGGUGUCUGGUCCAUUACGGAACCGCAUGAGAUCGAAGAGGCCCUGCGCGCUCUGGAAGCCACUGCGAAAGAAGAAGACAAAUAAGGGUAUCACUGAGGGAUUCAGGGAGCAGCUGGGAGCAGUCUUUUUCGCACUGGAGAUCCAUGCUGCCAUGGUCCGGUAACGCCAACGACGCGAAGCGAUGGUUGAGACGUGGUAACGGUCACGCCAUCGAGGACAGGUGAAGGGAAGGUCGAGUGGCCUUGGCGAGGCAGAAGUGUUAGCAGGUCUGAAGCAUUGUACAAUGGCUGUCGAUAUGUCUGGCAGGAAAAUUAUGGGGCACAUGUGAUCCCAAAAAAUUCAAAGGAUAUAUAUUUAAUCCAGAGAUUUUGUUCACAACACCAAGACCCCUACUGGGAAUACUGGACAAAUCACUUCGGCGAUCCAUUCAACAAAGUGAGAUGCACAGCUCCUAGUAGGCGAUCCCUCGAUUCCUCCUCCUUCGAUCGACCGAGUCAGAGAGAGUCCCAGGCAUGUCUGGAUACCUUCAAGGUAUUAUCAAACUAGCAACCGGGCUAGCAGGCACCAUGUCUCGAUUCUCCCUGCGACCGAGCGACCGAAUGAACGAGCGAGCGACCGAUCAAUCGAACGAACGAACGAGCGGCCGACCGACCGAUCAAUCGAACGAACGAGCGAGCGACCGAUCGAACGAACGAACGAGCGACCGACCGACCGACCGAGCGGAAAAACCUGCUGCGAUUCAGCGGGUUUCACUUCCCAUCACCCCCAUUCGACGGGGCUGAUGGAAAAAGUUUUUGUCAAAUGGGAGAGUGGUGGUGGUGGUGGGGGGUUCGAAUCCCCUUUUUUUCUAUUGUUUUUGUUCUCACUGUGUAUAUUUUUCUUCAUGGGGAUCGUGAUGUGUGUGUGUGUGUGUGUGAAUUUGUGUGGGUGUGGCAGACUGUUGUACUUCUGCAAGGGCUGGUCAGAUCGGUGGAGUCAGUGACCAUCUUGUACAGCGCAACCCGUACAAGUGACUGGAAUUCUGUCUGUCUGGGUCCAAGUGGAAGGAUAGUGUACAAGGGAAAUAAUCAGCAGGGCCUUCUCCCAUUGCCAGAGUGUGUUUGUAUUCGGUUGGUG